AUGUCCGCUCAAGGAUUACUCAGCAGCGUUUUUUUAUGUUCGUCCUCGGGAUCCAAAACUGUCUCUAAAAGGAAACUACGGCAAACCCGGAGCUUCGAUCCAGCGCUGAUAAGACACUGUGGGACCGGUUCUGGCGGUGCAUCGGCAGAGCUCAAUGACCACAGGUCACUUUCCUCGAGUUCCAGUCAGACAGGUGGUUUUUCAUACUUCCAAACAUCCACUGAAUCCCUUACUUUGUCAAGACUAGAGGCGCGCUCAAAGACGCUGAGAGCGAAACAUCUCUCCUCGUCAAGUUUGUCCGCAUCAUCCGACACAUCUCCUUCAUCCAGUGAUUAUUUUGACUAUGAUGUAAAAAGCGGCAAGAGACACACCACUUGGGAUCUGUCGUUCACUUUGAGAAGCCACGCUUCGUCUACAACCGGCUCAGGUACCAUCUUCUCACCUCGUAAGUGGCUUCAGAAAAGGCCACCGCAGACAGACACUCUGCCUAACACCGUCUGGAAGUCUGAGGGAGAUUUCACAUGGAAGAGCACAUCAGGGAGGAGUGUGCGUCUACAGCCCGUGCCAAUCCAGAGUCUGUCUGAGCUGGAGAGGGUCAGGUUACAGGACGUGGCCCUGAGUCGCCUGCAGCAGAACUACGACCUGGGAAGCACCAUCACCAUCCCCAAAGAUGGACAAAAACGGAAGAAGUCCCUCAGGAGGAAGUUUGAUUCAUUGUCCAAAGAAAAGAGCAAAGUAAAAGAGUGUGUCCCCCAGGCGUUUGGCCUGUCCUUGUCUGAAGUGAUAGCCAAUGACCGGAGGCAUAAGCAGCGAGUGGAGGACCAGCGGGCCGAGCAGAGGGACCCGUCUGACCUCAUGACCUCCAUCCUUCACUUCGCCAGCCGCAGAACCAACAAAGAGCUCUCCAGUAGCAACUCCUCUCUCAGCUCCACCUCAGAAACGCCCAACGAACCGAACUCCCCUGACACCCCGGAGGUGGCGCGCCGUGCCCGCAGACGGGGUGGGAUGUCCGUCGACUGCAUCACAGACCUGGACGAUAGUCAGUCUCGCCUGCUGGAGGCGCUCCAGCUUUCUCUUCCCGCCGAAACACCCAGUAAGAAAGAGAAACACAGAGACAAGAAGCUCAGCCUCAACCCCAUUUACAGACAGGUACCACGAGUGGUGGACUGCUGCUGCCAGCAUCUGGAGAGAAAUGGUCUGCAGACAGUUGGCAUCUUCCGUGUGGGGAGCUCAAAGAAACGGGUGAGACAGCUGCGAGAGGAGUUUGACUUAGGUGAGGAAGUAGUUUUGGACGAGAAGCAGAGCGUCCACGACGUGGCGGCUUUGUUGAAAGAGUUUCUGAGAGACAUGCCGGAUCCGUUGCUAACCAGAGAGCUCUACAGUGCUUUUAUCAACUGCUUGUCGCUGGACCCAGCCGAGCAGCACAGCACUUUGCAUCUCCUCAUCUCCCUGCUCCCGCCCUGUAACAGUGACACCCUGCACUGCCUCCUGGAGUUCCUGUCCACCGUGGCUGCCCAUGCCGAGGACACCUACGACAAAGACGGACAUGAGAUCCCCGGCAACAAAAUGACCUCUCUAAACCUGGCCACUAUCUUUGGGCCGAACCUGCUGCAUAAGCAGAAGAGUUCUGAUAAAGAGUUCAGUGUGCAGACGCCAGCCCGCGUGGAGGACAGCGCAGCCAUCAUCGGUGUGGUCCAGAGAAUGAUCGACACAUAUGACGCCCUCUUCACGGUGUCUGCUGACCUACAGCAUGAAGUUCUGCUCAGUUUGUUGGAGACAGACCCUGACGUGGUGGACUACUUACUACGGCGGAAGGCCUCACAGUGGGAGAGUCCGAGUUUAUCGAGGACGGAUGACUCGUUGAGUCUGAGCGGGAGACGCUCCUCCACUGACUCCAUGAGAGCCUCCAGCGGGGAGGUGUCUCCAUACGACAAUAACUCCCCUGUCGGUCAGUCUGACUGGCUCCUCCCUCCAGGACACGGGGACGAUGAACUGCCCCAUAGCCCAGAGAAGCUCACUCACACCGGGCAAGCCAAAGCCAAAGCCUGGGUCUCAUCCUCCACGCCACCGCAAACAGACUCCGAUGAAAAAGCAGAUGAGAAGAGCAGAAUUUGGACAGCAUGGCAUGCCUCACUCAAAUCAGAGCACCAGGAACCUCAGAGCACAGACUCUCUUGAAAAGCUGGUAGGACAUGGCUCCCCUAGGUCACUGCGCACCACCUUUAGUAACCACGGAUACGAAAAACAGCCCGUCCGGAGGACACACACAUCACCCAGUGCAGUCGAUUGCAAGCCCCACCCACCUGUCACACGUGCCAGCAGUACUCCCGUGAGUGACAGCCGACACAACCAGUCGCAGCUCAGCAUCGAGUCAUCUCCAUGGCAAUCACGGUGCACCGCCAGACCCUACCAAUCAGAGUGGCCCAAACUAGCUCCAGGAAGCCCUGGCAGACCCCCUCGCUCCCCGAGACCCAACAGGCCUCCCCCACCUUAUCCCGGCCUGAAAAGAGGAGGCGCCACAUUCUCACAGCAGACUGAGUCUCUGGACCCUCAGGUGCCCAGGAGCACAGAGUCACUCCCAGAAACCUCCAGAGCCCACUCUAACACAGGGACAGCACAGGGUAUUAGAGCACAGGACUGGCAAAGGGCAGAGAAAUGGCAGAUAUGGCAGCUGUUAUCAUCAGACAAUGGAGACACGCUCCCAGAGACGCUGGUGUGA